GUGUAGGUGUGUAUACAUAUACUCUCUUUCUUUGUAGGUAUAUAUAUAUAUAUAUAUAUAGUAGAAUGAAUACAUAUUUAAAUUAAUUUGGCCAUGAUGAAAUGUUCAGCAUUACCUGAACUCUCCUUGAAGUUACAUGCCCUGUCCCCUCUGCUGGAGGCCAACAUCUCCACAGUCUUACUGAAGCCUACUUCAGUUAACCUAACUUUGUAGCAGUGCAUACGAGGACUAUUUGUACUCCUGUUUCACUGUAGUCACCUUCUAAGGAGCUCUAUUAAUUUUUUUUUCAUUUUCUGUUGCUACUUGUGCUGUUGUGCCAUGUGUAAUAGCAAAUAGAUUGCACCAAAAGGUUUUUUUUUUGCAGAUAGUCAGAGAGAAGUAUGAUGAAUUUAAUUUCCAAUGAAGUUAUUAAGAGUAACCAUAGUUAGCUUAAUACAUUCCAUCAUUCUGGCAUUGGAGUGUUUCAGUAACCAAUUUUAGAGAUGUUUAGAUUCCCACACUGCUUUGCUUAAUGUUUGCCUUUAUGUUCAAAAGCAGGAAGCCUCCUCUUUCUUGGAAGAAGUGCUUUCCUUUUCUCAUGCUAUUCUAUUGAAAAGCUACAGGCUGCCAGAAAAGGUUCAGAUGCCUAUUUCCUUCAUGACAAAGUCUCAGAAGAUUAUUCCAACCAUGCAAACUAACCUGCCAAAUUGCAGAGUCCAAAACCACUCUCCAAUCAAUACCAAGAGCAAGCAUUGUUCAAAGGGAAAAUUUAGGUGUUUCUACUCUACCUGGUAGAAAAAGUAGUGGAAAAAGCAAUUUGGAAUAUUUAAGAUCACACCAUCCAGUCUGUUUUCUGCUGCUGCUGCUGUUCAGUGCAAGAAAGAGAAAUGAGAACAAAGGUGAACCUGGACCCUGACGCUGUCGUGGUGAACCAGUACUCUGCCUCUCAACCAGACAUUUCCUAUGAAUCUAUUUGGAAGUGUGGGCAGCACAAGAGACAAUUACAGUUUAAGGACAAGCCAUUACCUCCUCUGCCUCCUGAGGCCUUUGAAGACUGCACGAACAAACCCAGAGUUAUUGCACUCUAUGACUUCUUUGCUAGAGGGCCUUUAGAUCUGCCUCUCAAGAAAGGAGAAGAAUACAUUAUCCUGGAACAGUAUGAUCCCCUCUGGUGGAAGGCAAGAGACCAACACGGGAAUGAAGGUCUAAUUCCCAGCAACUAUGUCACUGAGAACAAGAAAAGCAAUUUAGAAACAUACAAGUGGUACUGCAGAAACAUGAACAGAAGCCAGGCAGAACUUCUUUUGCACCAGAAGCCCAAAGAAGGCGCAUUUGUUGUCAGAGAUUCAAGCCGGCAGGGUCUUCUUACGCUGUCCAUGUAUUCGCGGGCUAAGGGAAGUCAUAAUGGAGAUAUUCUACAUUAUCAAAUCAAACAAAAUCACUCAGGACAAUAUUAUGUAGCAGAGAACUAUGUCUUCUCAUCUGUUCCUGAACUAAUUGAGUAUCAUCAACACAAUGCUGCAGGUCUUAUCACACGUCUCCGACAUCCAGUUGGAUCAGAUGGAUGCACCUCACCAGAUACAGGAGGGUUGAGUUAUGAGGAGUGGGGACUAAACCCAUCUGAACUGCUGUUACUGAAAGAACUUGGGCGUGGGCAGUUUGGAGUUGUUUAUCUUGGUAAAUGGAAAGAGACUGUCAAGGUUGCCAUCAAAACAAUCCAUGAAGGUGCAAUGUCUGAAGAUGAUUUCAUGGAGGAGGCCAAACUGAUGAUGAAGCUCUCCCACCCAAAGCUGGUCCAGCUUUAUGGAGUGUGCACACAUCACAAACCCCUCUAUGUUGUGACUGAAUUCAUGGAAAAUGGGUGCCUGCUCCGUUACCUUCGGCAAAGGCGGGGGAAGCUCGGCAGAGACGUUCUCCUGAGCAUGUGCCAGGAUGUUUGUGAAGGGAUGGAAUAUCUGGAAAGAAACAGCUUUAUUCACCGUGAUUUGGCUGCAAGAAACUGUUUAGUCAAUGAGGAGCACGUGGUUAAAGUAUCUGACUUUGGCAUGGCAAGGUAUGUCAUUGAUGAUGAAUAUAUUAGCUCUUCAGGUGCCAAGUUUCCAGUCAAAUGGUCAUCUCCUGAAGUCUUUCAUUUCAAAAAAUAUAGCAGCAAAUCAGAUGUCUGGUCAUUUGGUGUACUGAUGUGGGAAGUUUUCACAGAAGGCAAAAUGCCUUUUGAAACCAAGUCAAAUGCUGAAGUUGUCCGUGAGAUUUCUCAGGGUAACCGACUUUAUCGACCACAUUUGGCAUCACAUCCUGUGUACAAAGUCAUGUACAGCUGCUGGCAUGAGAAACCUGAAGGACGUCCUACUUUUGCAGAGUUAACAGUGACCCUCAGAGAUCUAACAGAGAUGACAUAAGCACAGAUUUUGUACCAAUAUAUUUCCUGAAAGGUUAGCAUUAAGCAUGCCACUAAUGAAGCUGGUACAGAAAACCUCAGCCUUUUGGAGAGGUCUCUACCUAAAUCACAGUACCAGCAUCCUGCAUAUUGAAGCAGCUGUUUGGUCUUGGCACAGUUUUUCUUAUUUGAGAAAGAUACUCCAGGACACUGGUUUGGGCCUCUCAAGGCUUUGUUUUCAUGGUUAGGGAAAAAUCUCUCUGAAAAGCAGUAACCAAGCCUACUCACUUUAUGGAUAUUUUUAUUCAUUCUUUUGUUCAGAGUUACACUAAUUCUUGCAUCAAUAUUAUUACAUUAUUUAUACUUACUAUGACACAUGCAUGGGGGAAUACUGAUUGGCAGAACAAAAAUGAUGGAAGAACCUCUGAUAAGCUCUGGCUAGGUCACUUUUAAAGGCAAAUCCUUGAGCACUGCAGAGCAUCCAGCCCUGGAGAAGCAGAGCAGGGCUCUGUCCAAGGGACAGCCAGCUAAGUGACUGGCUGCUGGAGCAGUGCCCACACAUGUGCCUGGACCCACUACUUGGACAAAGCAGUGCCUCAGCCCUCCCCUUGCAAAUGGCCAGGAUGGUUCAUGGGCAAGUUAAAACUGGAACCUGGCAGUAAAGCUCAGAUGGAUCCCAAGAUACCUUACAUGGACACAUCUAUACCCCUACUUCUUAUGUUAUUAUUCACUUUGAAUUUUAAAUCUUAACUGUGGUCAACACAAAUAUGUUGUAGAGAAGGAAAGGUAGAUAGAAUUCAUAAUUAUUUAAAACAAAAUAGUCAGAUCAUUGCAAAUAUAUGUGUUCUUGGAAGUAUGUGAUUGCAUUGUGAAUUAUUUAUAGGUAAAUACAUCAUAAUAUUUAGUUUUGUAGGGUAUUUGUAGACAAAAUAUGUAAAACAUGCUAGAUAAAGAAUGAGUUCAAUUUAAUUUUUGUCACAAAUUGAGUCACAGUUUAAUUUUUUAUUUCCGAAUUUAAAAAAGAACUGUAACAUUAAAAGUAAAUACAGAAAAUCCCACAAAGUUUGGAAUUUCCAAAGGA